AUGGAACGUUAUGCUCCAACUGCAAAGGAUCUUGCAUCAAGGGAUGUUUCAAGAUCAAUGACCAUGGAAAUCAGAGAAGUUCGUGGUGUUGGACAAAAUGAAGAAUCACAUUUACCUUCACCUGAAUGUCCUACCACCAGAGGUUCUCAAGGAGAGACUUCCUGCCUGGCCUCAGUUCAUGGUGCAAAUCGUCUAGAUCUUGGAGCAAAUUCUCUUCUUGACAUUGGUGUUUUUGGUAGAGCUUGUGCUAAUAGAGCUGCAGAAAUCCAUAAGCCAGGUAAAAAACAAAAAACAUUGGAAAAGGAUGCUGGAGAGAAGACCAUUGCAUGGUUAGACAAAAUCAGGAAUACAAAUGGUUCACUUCACUCUCGUAUCCGAUUGAACAUGCUGAAUCGAUCAUGCAAAAUAAUGCUGCUGUCUUUCACACAUGUACAUGAGACAUUAGAAGAAGGUUGCGAUCUGAUGUACAAAGCAUGGGAGAGUUAUCAUGAUGUCAACUUGAAAGAUAGAAGCUUGAUAUGGAACUAGGACUUGCUAGAGACAAUAGAGUUGGAGAACCUGUUGAUUAA